GCAGUGACAGCAGUGACUGUCCCUCCCUGGAUUGGUCCCGUGGGAUGACGCCGGGCCCCAGGCAUGGGGUUGAGGGUAGAAGAAGAUCGCAGAGCAGGUUGAAGCCCUCCUGCAGCCAGGACCAGAGGCGGGCGUUGGAGGCCAUUUGUGAGGUGUUGACUACCCAGGCGGGAAGUGACCUUUACAAGACCUGCAACGACCCACAACAAAACAUGGUCGUUGUCAGCAAAGGCCUUGAUGCUGAAGCCAUGACCAGGGUAGGUAACCUAGCCAGCUCCUCCUCUGAAGAAAUCAACCAGGAAGUGACAACAGAAGGUCUCGAGCCAGAUUUAAUUCUCACCAACCAGGAAGUAGGCCAGCUUGAGAUGGAUAACAACCAAAAUGCUGCCUACCCUGAUGAUUUCCACAAAAAGGAAGAAGGGUCAGAUUACCAGAUGAAUGACUUUUCCAAGGGUGCAUUGAUCGAGGAGAAGGAUGAAGAUGAUGCAGCUGCAGGCCUCCCUGAGGAGGUCCAGGAUCAUCCCUCCCUACCCCCGAGCCCCUCUGAGACCCCCUCCCUCCAGCCCGGGGAGGUUCUGAUCCAGGAGAAGGCCCUGAUGCCCCCCCGGCCCAGCGCCCUGCACCACCAGACGCUGCAUGACCUGCUGCACAGGCUGGUGGGACGCCUGGCCCUCCAGGGACCCCUUCGUUCCUGCUUCACCCCCACCAACUCGGAGAUAGAGGCUGUCCUCCUCCAAGAAGUGGGCUGGUUUCUCUGGAACCAGGCCGGGAUUGGCCUCAUCCUGGAGCAUGAACCCCAGAACCCGCUCUUCGGUGGCGGCGAUGCCCUAGACGCCAUGUUUGAGGCGACCUACGCUGAGCUGAUGCUCUGUUCCGAUAGCAACAGGGCCCAGGUCCACUCCGCCCUCCAGGGAGGGGCAGGCAUCGUCUGCAUGGCUGAGAAUGUCGCCAAGGUGAUCUGCCGUCACGCCGAGGUUUGGCGGCCUUCUGCCGUGUCGGGUGAGAGUCAUGAUUUGGAAACAGGUUGUGAGGAGAAGGAGAGCACAGAGGACUCUGCUGGUUUGGGAAAGGCCGGUGGAAGUUCCAGCCCAUUCAUAAACAACACAAGCUUGGAUGAAGGACUUGAAAUGGACACUGCUGGCUUGGAAAAGGCCGGUAGAAAUUCCACCACCUUCAUCACAAACAUGAGCUUGGAUGAAGGACUUGAGAUGGACUCUGCUGGCUUAGAAAAGGCUGGUGGAAGUUCCAGCCCCUUCAUAAGCAACACAAGUUUGGAUGAAAGACUUGAGAUGGAGUCUGCUGGCUUGGAAAAGGCCAGCAGACUCGCUUCCUGCCUCUCAUCCUCCUCCACUUCCUGCUACUCCUCUUCUUCCACCUCUGUUCACUUCUCUCCUUCGUCCUCCAAAUCCUCCACCAGCUCCUCCACCUCCAGGGGCUCCACGGCUCAGGCCCCUAGCCCAGAGGGACAUCAUUUGGGAAAGACCGACACCCCCAUCCUCCGGAAAUGGUUCGCACUGAAGAAAGAGAAGACUUUCCUUAAGGAUGGACAGAAUGUGGCUGCUAAGGGAAAAAAGACAAGCAAACUAUUCAAGAGAAACAAAGUGUCUCCCCUUAGCACUGAACGUCCAGACCUUGGUGAGUCCUCCAUUGCUGGAGGAGAGGAGAAGAAGAAGAAGAAAAAGUCCUUUAAAGCUUUCUUCCGGGGGAUCUCUGCAGUUCUCUCCAGGGCUUUCUGCUUUGGCUGUGUGAAGGAUAUUCACCAGUAGAGGACGCCACCUGCUUACUCAACUGGCUGCAGUGGCAAAGAGAGAGAACCUGUCACUACGGCAACAACCGUAGCUUCUUCCCUCUUCUUCAGUUCUGUGUAACCAUGUUUUUAGUAUAUUCCAAUAAAAAAUACUGGAAUUUCGUUUAAAUCUCCUUUGUAAUCGUUAAGCUGUUUGUGUACAAGGUUGUGACAUCACCAUGUCAGGACUGCAGCCACACAGAGAGGCUGAUUAGCAUUUGUUACAGUAAUUGUACACAACCACUUUACAUCAGUGUAAAAG